GUUUGAAGUGACAGACACCUGGCAACAAACUGGUUAUCACGGAUGGCUGGCCUGCCGGUGAAGGGUGACACCAGUUAUCUCUGGAGCCCAGAGUCUCUCAGGAGCAGCGGCAGCAGCAGCCCAUGGGAGACGGCUUGGAAUGAGCUAGUAGGAUAGGGGCCAGGUACAGGUGGUGGAUGGCUUGGUAUUACAGGCCAUUCUCCUCAACCAGGUGAUGCAACAUGAUCAGAUGCAGCAUCAGAUAUAACCAAUAUGCUUUUAUGGUUGUGGGCACCAGAGUGUCGUGGCGGGGAACAAAUCAUUGUGGAUAGUGGAGGUUCCAGCAAAGCAGCUUAACCAAGAUAAUGAUGUCUCCCUCUCACCCCCUGAUGCUGUAGCUGAGAGUCUGCCAGAUAAGCAGAUGCUCCUAUAUGAAAAGGCAGGCGGCCCAGCAGACAGUGACGUGGAUGAUACAGACCUGCUCAGAAGAACCCAGGAUGUCACCAGGUUCCAUCUGGAUCAGGAGCUGGAUAAUUACUGUACGGCCAUGAAGAAGAUGGCAGAUGAUAUCCUGUCUCUGCGCAGGCAUGUUGCUAGCCUGGAGGCAGAGAACAGCACCCUGCGCCGCAAUCUGAACAUGCACAAGGAAGUGGGCCGCACAUUGCUGAACGACAUGGACGUGGAUGUCAUGACCAAGGCGGAGAUAGUCGACAGGAUAGUGGCCUUCAAGCGCAAGCUGGCUGCUGGGACAGUGGAGAUGAGCUGGAUGAAGGACCGGGUGCAACAGCUGCAGAAUGAGCUGAUCCGGAAGAAUGACCAGGAGAAGGAACUGGUGAUGCUGCAACGAGCCCAUCAGCAGCAGCAGAUGGUGCUAAGGAAGUACCAGGAGAAAAUCACCAAGACGAAAGCCCUGGAAGACACUGUGCGGCAGCAGGAGAGGGUGAUUGAGAAGAUGGAGUGCAUGCUGGAGGAGAAGGUGACAGAGGCUGCUAGGACCUGUGAGCAACCGUUGGUUGAUAACUUCUCCAAGGAGUUCUACUCCACCCUGCUAGCCGAGAACAUGAGACUGUGGGAGGAGCUGGGCAGAGCCCGCUACCGCUCUUCCCCCAUCAUCCUGCAGCAGCAAGCCUUGCCGGACAUGUUCUCCACCAACUCAGAGAAACUGUCUUUGCUGGCCAAGGUGGAGAAGGCACAAAGUCGCAUUCGUGUCCUGGAAAGCCAGCUGGAGGAGUCUGCAAGGAAAUGGGGGCAGGAGAUGCAGGAUCUCAGCACUCGGCUCCUGGAGCAAGAGCAUGGCUUUGGGCGCUCAUCCAGCACCAUCCUGCAUGAUUUCUCACUGAAGACUUCACCAGACCCCACAACACAUAUCAAGAGGCACCAAAUGCUCGAUUCUCUGCCCUAACACCUUCUGCAAGAUGGACUUACUGGCAAUGCUGGGGAAAGAGUGUGAAUGAUCUGUCUGACUUCCCCUCCUUUUCCUACCACCCCCCCACCAAAAACAGACCUCUCCUAGGGGCUACUGGAAUUCUUUAUUAAAUGCUUGAUACUCAGC